CGUUCGAUCAUUCAAUUUUAUUUGUUCUUUCCCCGUUUCCCCUCCAUAUUCCGCACCAUUUCAUUUUAUUGUCUAAUACUGUUAUCUCCACUCUCUGCGCUCUCGCUUGUCUUCAGUAUACACUUCCCUUAGACUUGUUGCCCGAUUAGCCUCAUAAGGAUGCUUGAUACAGAUGAUAAGCAGAAUACUGGCCUUGUUGACUCGGGGCCACAGGUAAAUAUUAUAUGCUCAGCCCCAGGGUUUGUGGUGCCUGAUCCAGACAGCGUCAAUAAAAAGGUUACCUCCAGUAAUAUGAUCUUUAACUGGGGUGGUGUGAAGAUAGCAAAGAUAUCUCCUGAUAUUAUUGUGAAAUUCGGAUCCCAUGUCACAUCCAGCGAAGCGAAGAACAUGAUAUUUGUCGAGCAAAACACGGAAACUGUACCGGUUCCAAAAGUCUUUGCUUGCUACUCUUAUGGCCCAAUACAUCGGGAUAUCGAAGACUACGGUAGUCUGUUCGAUACUUACAUAUUCAUGAGCUAUGUCAACGGUCAGAGCCUAGAUACAGUUUGGGGGACUUAUGAUGACGCUACAAAAAAUCAUAUUACUAGUCAACUGAAAGGGUACUUCAACCAGCUUCGCCAAAUAAGCGACGGGAACUACAUCGGUUCUGCUGGUCUUGGCCCCGUUACUGAUCCAAUUUUGGAAAGCCAUCACACAAAGGGGCCGUUUAAUUCCGAAGGAGACUUCAAUAACGCAAUCAUCGAGGCAUAUCAAUCAAAGGCACCAAAACGUCACAUCAGGGGCUUCUUGGCUGGCAUGCUUUCACAAAAGUGUCACAAAAUUGUGUUCACCCAUGGAGAUCUACGCCUUCAGAAUAUCAUGGUCCAUGAUGGAUAUGUCAGUGGGAUUCUGGACUGGGAAUUUAGUGGCUGGUAUCCAGAAUACUGGGAGUUCUCAAAAGCUCUUUAUGUUUGGAAGUGGCAAAAUGAUUGGACUGACUACCUAGUACGGGUUCUUGAACCCUACUAUUCCGAAUAUGCGGUCCAUUCGUUCUUGGCUGAAACACUUUGGUGAUAGUAAUUCAUAUGUCCGCCAUCAUUCGUUCACACUAGUGCCACAGGACCAUAGUUAUUUCUCAAUACACUCCUUUCCCAAUCUGCUUAAAAAUGAUCAUUCCAAUGUUUUCAUGGAUCGACCCGAACUUGGACUUGAGCACGAAGUUUGAUUAGGCCAGUGUUUUCACCUCGGUCAAGACGUCAUCCACCCAGUUAGAGCAAUUCCGUGCCGGUGGGUCGGGGCUUGUUUCGGUCAAUACUAGGGGGGAGGGUGCUUCUGCAAUAUCUCUUCAAAACGUGCAAGCUGGGUCUUUGGCAGUUGAAACUGCAGAGUGGAGCUUUUGUAGGAUUUGCUGGCGCUGAAACGGUAUGCCGGCCUUGAUUCGUAAUCCAUACCCACACCAACAUCUCCUGUAACAUGGUAAAAUCUACCAGCACCUUGGUUUUCGUUCUGUGCAGGGACCAGAGCGAUGCCCUCGUGGUCUGGGCCACGUCUCUGGCUGAAGACAACUCGGUAAACAUUAUAGGUAAUUGUCUCGACAGACAUGAUAACAAUAUUUCAAGAAGAGAUAUUUUAAUAGCGAAAGAAGAUAAUAUAGAUCUUGGGGACUAGAAG